GCAAGGAAUACCUUUUUCACCUUCCACCACAGGAUUCCAUUCGUCGUCUUCUUGUUGAGAACCGCUUUCGUAUUCUACGCGUCGAAAUCAUUCAAAGACGGGCGCAUCACCGCCUGAUUGACGGGUCUGCUGCGCACUGUCCCCGUGGCCGCGAAUUUCCAACAUGGGAGCUAUCCGAACCUUCCUUUCUCUUUUCUUCUUCGCUAGUGCCGUUUGUGCCCAAGUUACCGUAUAUUUCCAACAGCCCUUGAACGCCCAGACGUCCGCAUCUUCUGCUGAUGCCGCUUCAUACACUGGUGCCGCGGCCUACAACCCCACCGUGCUCAACCCACCGCCAAUCCCGGACCCGUUACCGCCUAUGCAGUUCGGGAUACAGCUUCAGAAUGGCGGCACAACGGGCGUGUCCAUCGUUCAGUCGGGCUCAUUUGUUGGUUUCUCGAUAGAAAUGUCCGUAACGGACCAAACUCUCGGGAAAAACUCCAGUUAUAUCCAGGUUCCUUUCCUUAAUCUUAUGGCGAAUCUUCAGCAACGUGCGGGCGGGGUGUAUGUUCGAGUAGGAGGAAACACGCAGGAAACAGCUGUGCAUGUAGACAGCCUACCAGAUGGGAAAAUGAUUCAAAAGGAUAACCAGAACACCACUAAUCCCACUCAAACCCCGCCUUUAGACUACACAGAUGACCUCUUUUAUCUGAUGAGAGGUAUAUCUGAGCUCGUCAAUAUCCGAUGGUUCUUGGGCAUCCCGUUUUUCAAUAUCGAUCCCUUUCAACUCGCUAUCGCCGAACAAAGUCAGGCCAUCCUCGGUGAUCUAUUAGCUGGCUUUCAGGCUGGCAACGAGCCCGAUCUUUAUGUUCGCCACGGCCACAGGACUGACCCUUAUGGACCUUCUGAUUAUGGAAAUGAAUUCGGUGCUCUCGUUCAGGCUAUGGGCAACGAUGCCAAUGCUGUUAACAAGAGACUUCUCAUUGGACCCAGCAUUGCCACCGGGGACUGGUUUCCGGAGGAUGUUUGGAACACAGAUUUCGUCGACACAUACAGUGAGAACUUGGCAUUUCUGGCAGUAGAACACUACCCAUCAGACAAUUGUUACGCCGUUUACGGUACUGGAACGCCUCGCGACGCCCAAACCAUGUUCCCCACUUACUUGAAUCACUCAUCUGGGCAAUCCAUUAUUCAGCCAUACGUUAAUUCCGGCAACUACGCCCAGCAGAAGAACAAGAAGUUGCUUAUGUUUGAGACUAACACUGCUUCAUGUGGAGGUUUCCCCGGUAUCAGUGAUUCUUUUGGUGCUGCUUUAUGGGGACUUGAUUAUUCCAUGCAAAUGGCGUACUCCAACUUUUCCGGUGCUUUGAUGCACAUUGGUGGACAGAACGUUUUCUAUAACCCUUUCACUCCACCGCCGACUAAUCAAUCAACCUUCCACCAAUGGACGAUCGGCCCGAUAUACUACUCUGCAUUGAUUAUGGCGGAGGCGAUGGGCGCGUCAAAUGCCUCCCAGAUCCUAGAUUUGAACGCCAACGAUGGGAAUAUCUUUACCCCCGCCUAUGCUAUUUACGAGAAUGGGAAUCCUGUCCGAGUUGCACUUUUCAAUUACAUAACGGACUCUUCGGGUGCUAGCACUUAUAUCGCCUCCAUUUCUAUUGGAGAUGGCGAGAGUGGUCAAGCAAAUGGCACUCCUGCCCAAGUCAAAGUGAAGUAUUUUACCGCCGAUUCCGUAUCACAAAAAGGCAAUUUCCGAUGGGCCGGACAGACCUUUGGAGGCAUCUUCGAAUCAGAUGGCCGUCUCAUGGGCCAGGAAGAUAUCCAGACUGUGACCUGCGACCAGAAUGCCAACAACACUUGCCUUAUCCCUGUUCCAGCACCUGGUUUCGCGCUUGUCUUCCUCAACGAUGAAGCGUUUACGGAGACGGCCGGAGCGAGCUCGAUGACGUUCGCCACGACUGCUCUGACGAAGACGGUGAAUACAGCAACAGUCGACCAGGCGGUAUUAUCGACGAGUAAUGGACAUAGUGGCAUGAAGGACGUUCUAGGAAGCACGAGCAAGGGAUCACAAAAUGGAGUUGUUGGACUCCGUACGAGUGGAUUGUUGCCAACUGCCUUUGCGAUCGGCGCCAUAAUGUUCGUCAGGACUUGGGUUAGAUGACGAUGGACGCUUUACGAACCGGAUACAUACAGACUUCUCGAUUGCUUGGUCUCGUUUGGACAUUUUGCAUUUUCUUGAAUUACACUCACCUUGAUCUUAUAUCAGUUAGUAUUGUGUGUUGGAGGAAUAUCAUACCCGUCUUAUUUAAUACUAUGAAGAUCAGG